CACGGUUGCGUCGCGCGCUCACACUGUGUCUGCUGUCACGAGCCUUAUCCGACCGUGAGUGGAAGUGGGUAAAUUAUCACGGACAUCACGCAGAUUGCGGGCAGCUUUCAGAGCGAAACAAACGGGCAGAUCCGCAGAGUUGUGCUGCUGCUUGGUGGGUGGAAGCCCGCAGAGUUCUGGCGCUCCUCCGCCGCUGAAGUUCGCUUCUGUUUGAACCUCGCAGCUAGCAGCUAAGCUAGCUGUUGGACUAGCUUAGCGGUCCGCCACAGUCCAGGAACACCAACGCUGUCUAUCACUUCCACUCCGACACGGCGGUCAGUCCUCGCAGCGAAGCGGACCAACCAGUCCCCGACUAGAACCUCUACCACUCGGCCGCGGAGAGGAGGGAGUCCUACCGAGGUUCGGUUUGAAUGAAGUGAGGCUAACUCGCCGUAGCCAGCUAACCGGGACUCCGCUGGACGCCGAUCCAGCAGAUGCUACUUGGACCCGCCGCACAGCCCAGGCCGUGUGACCGAACCGGGCUCUCCAGCUCCUUCUGAACGCCAGGUUGUCCCUCUUCUUCUCCGCCCCAGUUUGUCCAGAGAAGACCGGACCGAGGACAGGGAGCUGCAGCCAUGCCGGCCGUGUCGAAAGGAGACGGGAUGCGCGGAUUAGCGGUUUUCAUCUCGGACAUCAGAAACUGUAAAAGCAAGGAGGCUGAGAUCAAACGGAUCAAUAAGGAACUGGCCAACAUCCGCUCAAAGUUCAAAGGUGACAAAGCUCUGGACGGCUACAGCAAGAAGAAGUACGUCUGCAAGCUGCUCUUCAUCUUCCUGCUCGGCCAUGACAUCGACUUCGGACACAUGGAGGCUGUCAACCUGCUGAGCUCCAACAAGUACACCGAGAAGCAGAUCGGCUACCUGUUCAUCUCGGUUCUGGUGAACAGUAACAGCGAGCUGAUCCGUCUGAUCAACAACGCCAUCAAGAACGACCUCUCCAGCCGGAACCCCACCUUCAUGUGCCUGGCUCUCCACUGCAUCGCCAACGUGGGCAGCCGGGAGAUGGCCGAGGCCUUCGCCAGCGAGAUCCCCCGCAUCCUGGUGGCCGGCGAUACGAUGGACAGCGUGAAGCAGUCGGCCGCCCUGUGCCUGCUGCGCCUCUAUAAGACGUCCCCUGACCUGGUGCUGAUGGGCGAGUGGACGUCACGGGUGGUGCACCUGCUCAACGACCAGCACAUGGGCGUGGUGACGGCGGCCAUCUCCCUCAUCACCUGUCUGAGCCAGAAGAAUCCCGACGAGUUCAAGACCUGCGUCUCUCUGGCCGUGUCCCGACUCAGCCGGAUUGUGUCUUCAGCCUCCACGGAUCUGCAGGAUUAUACCUAUUACUUUGUGCCUGCUCCCUGGCUCUCCUGCAAGCUGCUGCGUCUGCUGCAGUGCUACCCUCCACCAGAAGAUGGCGCAGUGAAGGGCCGCCUGGUGGAGUGUCUGGAAACCAUCCUGAAUAAGGCCCAGGAGCCGCCCAAAUCCAAGAAGGUGCAGCAUUCCAACGCCAAGAACGCCAUCUUGUUCGAGGCGAUCUCACUAAUCAUCCACUAUGACAGUGAGCCAAACCUUCUGGUGCGAGCCUGUAACCAGCUGGGCCAGUUCCUGCAGCACAGAGAGACCAAUCUGCGUUAUCUAGCUCUGGAGAGCAUGUGUACUCUGGCCAGCUCAGAGUUCUCCCAUGAAGCGGUGAAGACGCACAUCGAGACGGUCAUCAAUGCCCUGAAGACGGAGAGAGACGUCAGCGUUCGACAGCGAGCCGCCGAUCUGCUCUAUGCCAUGUGUGAUCGUAGCAACGCCAAGCAGAUCGUAGCAGAGAUGCUCAGCUACCUGGAGACGGCAGACUACUCCAUCAGAGAGGAGAUGGUGCUCAAAGUGGCCAUCCUGGCAGAAAAGUAUGCCGUGGAUUAUUCCUGGUAUGUGGACACCAUCCUGAACCUGAUCCGCAUCGCUGGGGACUACGUCAGUGAGGAGGUGUGGUAUCGCGUCAUCCAGAUCGUCAUCAACCGAGACGACGUGCAAGGCUACGCCGCCAAGACCGUCUUUGAGGCCCUGCAGGCCCCAGCGUGCCAUGAGAACAUGGUGAAGGUCGGAGGCUACAUCCUGGGAGAGUUUGGGAACCUGAUCGCCGGGGACCCACGCUCCAGUCCCCUGGUCCAGUUCAACCUUCUCCACUCCAAGUUCCACCUGUGCUCGGUGCCGACCCGCGCUCUGCUGCUGUCGGCCUACAUCAAGUUCAUCAACCUGUUCCCAGAGACGAAGGCCACCAUCCAGGAGGUGCUGCGCUGCGACAGCCAGAUCCGUAACUCUGACGUGGAGCUGCAGCAGCGAGCCGUCGAGUACUUGAAGCUCUCCUCCAUCGCCAGCACAGAUGUCCUGGCCACCGUGUUGGAGGAGAUGCCACCCUUCCCAGAGAGAGAGUCCUCCAUUCUGGCUAAGUUGAAGAAGAAGAAGGGGCCUGGCGCGGUUUCGGUGACGGAGCUUGAAGACGGUAAAAGGGAGAGCGGCGAGUUGAAUGGAAGCGGCGAGCGGGGUCAGGACGCCGCAGCCAUGGCUGCCUCCAACGCAUCCACCCCGUCUCCAUCGGCGGACCUGCUGGGGAUCCGCUCCGCAGCUCCGGUCAACGCCGCCCCAGCCAGCGCCGGCAGUCUACUGGUGGAUGUUUUUUCAGAGGUGGGCCCAGCUGCACCUUCUGGGGCGGUGAACGACGACGGCUUCCUCAGAGAUCUGGAACCGCCUCCUGAGACCUCCGAUCCUCUUUUGGUCGAGGGUUCUGGUGACUCGGACUCUGCUCCUCCCUCUGAGGAUCCUGCUCCUCCUCUGUCUGAAGCAGAGGAGCUUCUUAACAAGUUUGUUUGCAAGAACAACGGGGUUCUGUUUGAGAAUCAGCUCCUGCAGAUCGGCAUCAAGUCAGAGUACCGUCAGAACCUUGGGAGGAUGUACCUGUUCUACGGAAACAAGACGUCUGUACAGUUCGCCAGCUUCAGCACCACGGUCAGCUGCCCCGGAGAGCUCCAGAACCAGCUGAACGUUCAGAGCAAACCCGUGGAGCCGCUGGUGGAGGGAGGGGCCCAGAUCCAGCAGGUUCUGAACAUCGAGUGUCUGACUGACUUCUCUGAUGCUCCACUGCUCAACAUCAAGUUCAGGUACGGAGGAGCUCUGCAGAACCUGACCCUCAAGCUGCCCGUCACCAUCAACAAGUUCUUCCAGCCCACGGAGAUGGCCUCCCAGGACUUCUUCCAGCGCUGGAAACAGCUCAGCCAGCCCCAGCAGGAAGCUCAGAAGAUCUUCAAGGCCAACCACAGCAUGGACACGGAGGUCAUCAAAGCCAAGCUGCUGGGGUUGGGAAUGGCCCUGCUGGACAACGUGGACCCAAACCCGGAGAACUACGUCUGUGCUGGAGUGGUCCAGACCAAGAGCCAGCAAGUCGGCUGCCUGCUGAGGCUGGAGCCCAACGCCCAGGCCCAGAUGUUCCGUCUUACCCUCCGCUGCAGCAAAGACUCCGUCUCCAGGCGUCUCUGUGAGCUGCUAGCGCAGCAGUUCUAGAGUCCAGAACAGAACCGGCCCCUCCCCCCUUCAUUCCUCCACGGAGACGACCAGAACCUUCAUAAGGGAAAGCGUCAUGGUUCUGGUUUCUUCCUCUGCUUGUUUAUUAACCCAAUGAUCUAGUUCUGUUGGUUCCCUGUAGCUGUGUGUCCCGUGAUUCUGCUGGCUUCUCAUCCUGACUGGUUCUGACAUUUCAUUCAUCAUUCCUAAUGGGAGAACCAGGCUACCGGUCCAAUCCCACUUUGCACUUUGAUUCGCACCCAUCUAGCAUUCCUGCUAAACAUGCACUUAAACAGCCCUGGUUCUGGUCCCCAGAUCUGACCCCCUGGUUCUGGUCCCCAGAUCUGACCCCCCUGGUUCUGGUUCCAGUGGAUCUGCUUUUUAAAUAGUUUGGACAUUUUCCCCUCAUGCUAGCUUGAACCGCUGCGGUUAGUUUUAGCUAGGCCUGUUUGCUUGGAAAGCUGUGGUUCUGUUAGCUCUGAACGCAGCAGUUAUGCUAGCUCUGAACGCAGCGGUUAUGCUAGCUCUGAACGCAGCGGUUAUGCUAGCUCUGAACGCAGCGGUUAUGCUAGCUCUGAACGCAGCGGUUAUGCUAGCUCUGAACGCUGCGGUUCUGCUAGCUCUGAACGCUGCGGUUCUGCUAGCUCUGAACGCAGCGGUUAUGCUAGCUCUGAACGCAGCGGUUCUGCUAGCUCUGAACGCUGCGGUUCUGCUAGCUCUGAACGCUGCGGUUCUGCUAGCUCUGAACGCAGCGGUUCUGCUAGCUCUGAACGCUGCGGUUCUGCUAGCUCUGAACGCUGCGGUUCUGCUAGCUCUGAACGCUGCGGUUUUGCUAACUCAGCCUGCUGCUCAGGGCGGACCAGAACCUCCCCCUCCUGCAGCACUACUCUGAUCCUGUAGAACUGGAAGUUCAUUGUCCAGAACAGAGCCGUGUUCUGGUUCUGGUCAGCUGACAGGAAGUGGAGGUUAGGAGCCUCUAGAACCUCCUCAGCUGUGGGAGGACUUCUUGGUCCGGUCCAACACUGCAGCCUCAUUCCUCCCCAUCUCAGCGGUCUAGAUCAUAAGGGUUCUGCGGCCCAGUUGGUUCUGUUCUUACGGCUCCAGUAGAACCUGGGGAUCUUGGUCCUCCUCAGCUUCCAGCCUGACGUCCUUCCAGCUGCAGGGACUCCAUCUGUUUCUGUGUGAACAGAAGAAGAAGAAAUUUCCAAGAUGGUGGCACUACAUCCUGACGCUGCCCAGCAGCAGCAGCAGCAGGACUUUGACCUUUGGUAGAAUCAGUGUUUAGUUCCUCAUGUAUCCAUGUUCACAGCUGUCCUGUGAUUGGCUAAGAUUUACUCUGUAAUGAAAAAUGUGAAGUAAAAUAUGACGUAUAUCUGAA